GAAACUUCGAAUCACACACCGACGCCGAUGAUGUAUCUGUCCUCUAGAGGUGCUGGUAAAAGCCCUCGCUCCGUCCUCGGCUACGCCCCCGGCUGCAGGAACACCAACACCGCCAAUACCAGCGUAUGGACGAAAACACGUAAGGAGGAAUUACAAGAGAGUCCAAGCAACCGUGACAAAACGGUCUCAACUACGAGAAAAGCUACGACGUCGUGGGGGGGCAAUAGCUUUAAGACUGGCACGACGAGCUUCGGCCGUUUAUGGGCGGAAGAGACGGACCGGCUUCGGCAACAGAAAAAUUCGACUUUGUUCAACCG